UUCAUUCAAUCAAUCGCUUUUCCAUUCACUCAUUUCAGUAAAAAAAAAUAGUUCAGGAUUUUUAUUGUGGGAGUGAUAAUGAUUUUUUAUUAUAUUCCAGAGUUUUAGUUAAAUUUAAACUUUAAAAUGGUUACUAUAAUCAAGAACCAACUGUUAAAACAUCUCUCCAGGUUCACAAAGAACCUGUCUCCGGAGCAGAUAUCCUUAUCAGCGCUGCGAGGGUCCGGAGAGCUGCAUGACCUGACGCUGGAUGAGGACCUGCUGACCGACCUCCUGGAGUUGCCCGGCUGGCUGCGACUCACCUCUGCCCGGUGCAACCGAGCCACCUUCCGUAUACAGUGGACCAAACUCAAAACUGUUCCUAUUGUUCUGAAUCUAGACGAGGUGCACAUAGCGCUAGAAGUAUGCGAGGAGCCUCGACCAAUCAAUAGCGAGGCAGGCGCGGGCAUGGCCAUGCCGGGGAAAUACAGCUAUAUACACAAGGUGAUAGAUGGCAUAUCUGUGGCUGUGAAUCAAGUAACUAUUGACUUCUGCUGUGAUGCGUUUAGCAGCAGUGUGCAGAUCUCCCGAGUGACGGUGGAGUCGCGCACUCCGGAGGGGCGGAAAGGAGAUUUAAGACUGACUAGAAUCAAAUCACCGGACACAGGACAACUGUUGAUAUUUAAGGAGCUGGAGUGGCAGAGCGCGCGCAUAGAAGCGAAGGCGAAGGGCGCGGCGUCCGCCAACUUGCCGCCUCUACGACUGUUGUUGGGCACCGCUCUCUGUCGGAUUGUUAUUAAGAAAAGACUGUCAGACUGCGCAGUCCUCGGCUCCCGCCUCGUCUUCCGUCCCGAGGCCACGGCGUGGGCCUUCACCGACGGGCAGCUGCGCGCGGCGCUCGCCUGCGUGGCGGCUCUAGCACAGCCGGUCAAGAGAGCCACGGCGCAGGCUACUAGAGCUAAGGCUGCUAGGAAGGUAGAAGAGCCCCGUGAACAGAUCCAGAGCAGAUCCUCCACAAGUGACCGAGACAUUCUAGCUCGUCUGUUCGCGAAGCACGAUGUCAGGGAGACUUCCUACCAUCUGCUGGCGCCGCGGAUAGACUUGCACCUGUGUGAUGACCCUGGACCUGGGCGCUCCAACAAGCCGUCCCUGCGCGGCGGCGGCGCCCUACAGGUGACACUGGCGAGCCUGCAGGCCGAUUUCUUCCCGUACCACCGCGCCGCCGCCGACCGGAGGCACUGGCGCGGCUACAGGGAAGCCGCCACGCCGCACACGCAAUGGCUGUCCCAGUCGCUGUCGCAGUUCUGUGCCUCGCUGCUAGAGCUGCUGGACCCGAGACCCUUAACGCCGAGCCAUAAGAGUACUAGUCAAGAGAAGUCCGAAGAGCCUGUGUCCAACGGGCUGAACCACAAGCCGGCGAGCCAGCCUCCAGCCGCGCCGCCCGCCGGCACCGCCACCUCACAAGCUUCGCCGACGCGCACGAGAAUACUGCAACAGUUAGGAAAACUUAUGACGACGUGCCUCGUGCUUAGGAUAGAUGAUUUUACGGUGUACAGGGUAUCAACAGGCUCCAAGUCCCGCGAAGCGCCGCGCCCGCUCAUCCAUGCCGAACGAGCGACGCUACCAGGAGACGCGGGCUUGUUGCACGCAGAGAUGACGCAUUUUUACUAUCCUGGAGAUGUGUGCUUCCCUGUGCCUCCACCGAAGCUCUACGCGCAGCUCAGCCCAGUCCGCCUGUGCGUCGACGUGGAAAGCCUGAUCUGGCUCAGCGCCUUCCUGCCACAUGUGGCCAGCGCGCUGAUCAGCAACAGCCAGCCAGAUGUGUUCUAUAUGGAUGUUAGGAUGGAAGCUAUUAUGCCUAAGAUAAUCCUAGAAGCGGGCUCGGAGCACGUGUCUCAACAGCGGGACCGGCCGAGGGAACUACACGUGUGCACCGCGCGCGCCAACAUCACCAACAUACGCGAGUCCAACCGCUCUGCAUCAGCAGGCACAAGAUCGGACUUGGCCUCAAUCUUAUCCUUACUGCGGCGCGCGGCGCCCCCGCCCGGGCAGUUCCCCGGCGCGCCCCCCCGCGGCCCCCUGCACGAGCUGUUCACACUGCACGCCGACUGCCUAGACGACAUAGACCGCGGCACAGCAGUGACCCCAGAGAUGUUAUGGCGCGAGAACAGAAGCAUCUGGUGCGCCCGAGUGGAGCCUCUGUGGAUGGACUUCUGUGGCGCGCGAGCGACGAAUUACAAGCCAGCGCCGCUGUUGGACGCUAUACCGCUUACUGCUUGGAUCUGCAUCGACCCAUCAACCAGCGCGAUCACAGUAGCGGCGCGCUGCUGCGGCCUAGCCGCGCUGCAGCUCAACCACUUCCAGCUGCUGCUGCUGCUGCGGCAGCUGGAACGGCUGUCAGCACUGGCCGCGUGGCAGCCGCCCUCGCAGAACCAGUCCACAAUAACAGUCGGCCUAGUCAUCCCGGGCUGCGAGCUGACCCUAGUCCUCCCCCCAUCGUGUCCGGGACAGGAGUCCUCGCGGGACCCGGACAGCGCGCCGCUCGACUCCUCCAGCCUGCAGGACCUCAAGUGCGGUUCAGAAGCGACUAUGGCGCCAUCCAACGACAGAGACAGUGGAGUGGCCGGUGGUUAUUCCGGAAUAGAAGUGUUCUCUGUGCAACCGCUGCCUAUUGAGGAAUUACCGCCUCCUAGCCCCGUUUCCACACUUAAUUUCACUGGCUUCUCCUCAAUGCGUCGCGGCUUCAACUCUCUCGUCUCGUCCAUCGACGGCGCAUUAUCACGCGACGACGCAACCUGCGACGCGGUGUCGACGACGAGCAGCGACAGCGACCGCUACGUGGUGCUGGGCGCGCUGGCCGACGACCCCGACGACGCGCAGCGAGCCUUCAGUGAGUUCGAGCAUGGCCGCGCGUCCAGCGGCGUCGAAGUCGCGGCGGAAGUGGUGGAACGAUCCUCGUCUCCCAGCGACCACUCUGUCACCAGCUCGUGCCGGCGACGCGACGUGAUAUCUACGUGUACGUGGCGAUUGAAUAAUCUACAUGCGGUGUAUGAGAGUGUGGGCGACAGCACGGCGCUGCGGUUUGUUGCAGACGAUCUGAUCGCUGACGAAUGCAACGCUAUACCGUGGGAUGAGUUCCAGAACAAGUUUGCGAUGCGAGCGCGAGCCUGGUCGGGGCCUCAAGUGGACGAAGAGGACGAGUUCAAGCCUCGAGAGACGCCGAAGGUGGCUGCGAGGCUGGUGCGGCAUCCAGGACCUGAUGAUGGGAAGGUGGACAGCGAUGGUCUGCCAGUAUUCGAAGAGCUACUGGAAGCGAGGCUGCGGGACCUGAGCAUAUCCCUGAACAUGAGCACUUGCCUGGCUCUAGCCGAGUUUAUAGAGGACGAGGUCAUUCAACCUCCUAUGCCGCUUGAGGUACUAAUAGAAAACGUGAAACUCCACCUAAUAGAAGACCGUCAGACACGCUCAAUCUCCUCGCCGCCUCCACAACCGCUAGACUUAGACCUAACCCACCUCCGCUUAACCAGAGACACGACGGGAGUAGUCCGCCUAGGUCCACCAAUCUCCACGCCGUCGACUGUCACCUCCCCGGCGACGCCACAGCCGCAUCCAGACAUGGAGGAAGCCAAGGAGAGGAUAGACAGGCUGAGCUGGGAGAAUGAGGAGCUGAAGAAAAGACUGGUGACGCUGUCGAGGAUAGCUGAGGACAAUCGGGAGCUGAGAGCGCGUGUGGAGGAGGCGGCGGUGCUGCGGCAGUGCGCUCACUCGGCGCAGCGCGAGGCGGCGGCGCUGCUGGCGGACAAGCAGGAGCUGCUGGAGGCGGUGCGCGGCUUGCAGGAGCAGUUGGGGUGCAGAGUGAAGAGGUAGCGGUCCCGGAGCGGGGGUCAGUGCCUCGACUGCACCGCGUGUUGCGGAGACCACCGCGCGUGAUCCCCCACGCCCGCGCCCCCACGCAACACGCCGUCUCCACGCAACACGUCGCCCCCACGCAACACUGCCCCGAGGUUGUGCUUCUACUGCUGGCAACACUGAUGACAGGGCGGCAACGUGACGAAACUAACGGCCCGUUCAUUUCGCGCCAAAGUGAAUUUAAAAAUGGCGGAAGGACUUUACAGAGAGUUUUUAUACUUAUUCUAGCUGUUGAUUUGUAUAUUUUUUUGUAAACGAGGCUAGGCAUGGAGGUUUGGUGGCGUAGUUUUGGAUGUGUGCAAUAUGCUUACAGAGAUAUAAAGACUUGAUGUGUCUACCAAAUUUUAUUGUUAUAUUAUUAAAUUCUAGUUUCACUAUGCCUGGAUUAAAGUUAGCUCUGUGUUGAAGACUUGCUUUCACUGUUUAAAAAUUAGAAGAUUUCUGAGAUUUUCAGCAAGAUCUUUAUGCCACAGAUAACUUUUAUCCGGACAUUGUGAAACAGAGAGUUAAUGAGGUAUUAUAAAACAUCCAUUAUGUUAAAUUUUAUUUACGGUUAAGUGUAUAGGUUCACGAAACCACAUUUUAUGUGUUUAUAUUAUUUUAUUAGAACUAGCCAACGUGUAAGGGGGCAGAUUUAUGUGUAAGAAAGAUACAGUCUGAAAUGCUUCAAAACUUUAUCUCUCAUACAUAAUAAUGUUUAUUGCUUCAGUGCGUCAUAGACUCAUAGUCAUAAUACGAGUAUAGUUGGUGUUGUAAUUAUGUAUAAAGUUUUUAAAAUGCAUAAUCACUAAAACCCAAAAGCCUUGAAGACAAAAAGUGAAAUUUAAAGCCUUGUAAACGCAGUCGCUAAAUACCUAUUUGUAUGUAAUGUGUAUAAUAUAAGUCGUUUACUUGCAAAACUUAUCCAUUUCAAUGCAUUAUGUAAAUAAGAAAGUUUGUGUAGGUAUUUAAAAAUAUAUUUAUGCCGCGUGGAACGUGCCCGUAAUAUUUUUGCUUAGCGACUUAUUAUGAUAAUUAUGCAUUUAUUACACAUUUAAAUAAAAGGAAAAAUGGUUACAGUUCGUAAAUUUAUGAUGUAUAAGUAGUUAAACAAUUUGGACCCCAAUAGUAUAGGAAUAAGGGCCAAUUUCGGGCAGCACUUGUCAGUAAUGUACAUUUCGUCCGCAGGGUUUUUUGUGAGAAACCCGAGCAUCUGUUCUUCAAAUUGUACUGAUAUUUCAGUAUUAUAAUAGUCUGAUAGGUCUUCCCCUUGGAAACAUAUCAAUAGUUGUUCCAUAUCCUAGUACUGCCAUCAAAGUCAUAAAACCAUAAACGUAUGAAAUCAAAACUUUGUUUUAAGGAAGUAUUAUUACAAUUUGAGGAACUAAACAUAACACCAAUAAUCUUGCAUAAUGUUUUAUAAUAUUAUAGGUUGAAUAAUGUUGUGAAAUUUACAGUUUAUGAUACGGCCAUAUUUGUUAUUACGUUAUUACAGUAUUCAAUUUAAACUGUUAAGGAAGAAAAUAUACGAUCCCAGUUUUAUUACCAAAGACAGAUAUGUUCAAAUUUGAUUAAAACUAGUAUAGAAACAUGCCUAUUUAUGAACGCAUAAUCUGAAUCAUGGUAAUCUACCUUAUGGUCAUUUUUAUCAUAAUAUAU